AUGGCAACAGAACAACAAAACAUUUUGGAUACAAAACUCGAGCUACUGUUCGUGACAGGAGAUCGUGUCCAUUUACAGCUAGACAAAGAACUGCUCUCAGAAUGUGGAUUCCAUGAGGACAGCUUUCAGAUGUUCAGAGUUGGAGAUUUGAGACAGUAUAUAUUCGAUCGUUGGAAAGAGCUAGUUUCAGAAAGAGAGAGUCAUGGUUCAGAAUCGCAGGAGGACAUUACGAAUAGGCCAGAGAAUGUAGAGAGAGUGCAACUUCUACAUUUAGGAAGACGUCUUGACCCGAAUGUGCUUUUGAAGGAUUUAAAUUUAAAACUUUCGCACGUGUUACACAUAGUUGUAAAACCAAAUGGACUGGAUGAAGCUGGACUUCAGGAUAAAAGUAGGUUUGAUCAUUUUGCGUCGCAAUUCAUUAGAACCAGAACGAGUGGAAACAGAAGAGGAUCAUCAUCCAAUACACCUGUGCCAAAAUUUGUUUCCUCCGUGGCACAUAAGGGAUUGGAUAUGUCUCAGAGACUACAGGGUUCAACAGUACCAGAACAUGUGAAGGGCAAACGGAAGGGAUCUCUUGCAACGUCCAGUAUAUCAGAAAUACCCUCCAAAUUUUCCGAGAUUAGCCCAGAGAGAGGAAGCUCUGAGAGAAAAAGUUCUGACGAAACUCAGAAGGAGAAUAAAAUCAAUAAAGCAGCUAGUGCGAACAUUAAAUCGCAUGAAUCCAGCCAAAUAGUUACGUCAUCAUCUAAUCAAGCAUCUGAAGUCAGAAUUCAACCACAUGACAGUAAUAUGGAUACUUCUAGAACAAAUCCGCCUUCAGAUGGUGGUGGAUGCUGCAUCAUCAUGUAA